AUGGAGGCCAUUAUUGAGAAGACGCAGAGGGAGCUGGGGGCGGUGAUCCAGGCUCCGAAGCUCACGGAAAAACUGCUGAGCCGGCCACCAUUCCGGUACAUCCACGAUAUUGUCAUGUCCUUCAUGAAGACGACCGGCUUCCCUGACGGGCUCUUCGACGCGGAUCAGCUGGACAGUGCCAAGGUGGCGGAUAAGAAGGCCAAAGUACAGUUUCUGGAGAAGCUUAUGGCCGCUGUCGAGGCUGCCACUGGCGCCCCCGUCGCCGCGCGCCCCGCCAAGAUCGUAGCUGGCGAAGAGGCGGAGAAGACAAACGAGUUCUUCCAGCAACUCGCCAAGUGCGCGGCACUGUCGUCGGCGCAAAAGGAGGCGGCGGUGCGGAAGGUGGGCGGCGGUGGCGAACGAGCUCCUGUUGCCGCUGCUGCCCCGGCGUCGUCGUCGAACAAGGAGCCGGGCCAAACCAAAGAACCGCCGCAGGAGACCGAGGAGGAGCGCACGAAGCGUCGCGAGGAGGAACGCCGUCGCCGCCACGAGGAGAAGAAGCGGGAGGCGGAGAGGGCGAAGAAGGCAGCGGCGGAGCCGCCGAGCCGUACCAAGGAGGAGACGAACCAGGCCGCCGCGACCGCCGCCUCUGGCGAGCCGGAGCGGCGCCGUCACCGCGAGGAGAAAAAGCGCGAGUUGACCGAAGACGUGGACACCGCGACGACGAGCGCGCGCAAGGCACCGCCGCGUCCGAAGCCGACGCACGAAGUCAUCGAGGCACAGAAUGCGGCGGCGGAUGCGAUGCCGGCGGUCGGUGUCAUUCGCGAAGGCAAGCGUGGCAAGGCAGACACGGAGAGCGAGGACGAAGACAAGGAAGACUGGCAGAAGGUGGCGGAGCAGUACGAAGUGAAGCCGGCGGCCCGGACUGCGGCCGUGGCCGAAGACGCUGACGUGAAGGGUCUACUUGGGCAGCAGGCGCUUAAGGCGAAGCGUGACCAGGAGGCUGCCGCCCACCGUGCUGAGGUGGGCGGCGACGGCGCUGCUGCUACCACCCCUGCGGGUGGCGGCAUCAUCAUCCACAGCAGCAAGAACACCGCCUCCCGCGGUGGCGGCGGUCACGCGCUUGGCGACAGCGACCUCAACCAGCUACGCGCGCAGCUGCAGCUGCUCACCAAAGCAUCGAAUCCACUCGGCAAGUUCCUCGAGGCCAUUCACGACGACAUCGAUAGCAUGACGCGCGAGCUGGAGAUGUGGCGCAGCGAGUCCCGCAACCAGGCUCUCGCCGCCGCAGAAGCUCGUCGACAGACGGAGGAGAGCCUGCAAGAGAUCCACGCGAACCUGCAGAACUUAGAGGAUGCUAUCAGCGACCAGGUGCUCAAGACAAACAACCUGCGGCAGACUAUUCUUGCCAACGACGCUGCCAUGGAGGUGAUGGCGAAGACCAUUGUCAACCCAGACAUCGCAGCACAGUAG